AUGCUUGCUGGAGCUACUACUGUUCGUGUGAUGUCCAAUCUUUGUAUUAGUGCCAGCCCUGCCAGCCCCGAAUUGCUCCAGCACUUCCCAGCAACGUGGCUGAGCCAAUGGCCUAACGUGACAAUGCAACUCCAGGACGGUUCGGCCGCAGAUCCCAUCGGAAAGGGGCCAGGCGGAACAGGCCAUGCGGCAGCUUUUGGGUCGAGUAUCGGAAAGGUCAGCCUGAUGACCGGCUACCCCAUCUCGGCAAUUAUGCAACGAACGUACGUCCAAGGCGACGAUAACUCUCCUGCGAUGUCGAGAUCCUCCACGACCGAGACCGUCAACCCCUCAGUGCACGAACUACUACAAGCAUACAAUGUGCACCAUACCGGGACUGACGAGGAGGUGCGAUUGGCACCUCAGCCGUCUAUCAGACGACAGCAAGCACAGUUAGACUCGCCAAAUGUGUAUUCAUCAAACCGAACUUCAGAGUCCCCUCCCGCGCAGAUCGAUCCAAACGAUGUGUCUUCGCGGCGCCGGGUUCCCCCCUACCGAGAGACGAGUCGAGACCAUGAUUUAUCUCUACGACCGGGUGGACGAGACAGCACAGAAGCAACUAUAGUGCAGGUUAUGUUCGUCGGUGUGUACAUUACGGGGGCCCUGAAUCGAUGGUGGAGGCAGACUGGUGGGCGACUAAAUGAUAAAUUUUUCCAAUACGAAGUAGGGGGUGAAUGGUGA